AUGAAAGGAAACUUCAAGAAGGUUCUUAUUAGCUUUUUCGACUUCAACAAAGUAUGUGAUAUCCUAAGAAUGCACUAUCUUUUAACUGCAUAUUCUUUUUUAUGUUUAUUUGCUUGCUGUUUAGAUAAAGAGAUUUCUAUUGUUUUCUGCAACGAUAUUCUAAUUAUUUUUAAUUCUACAUAUACAUCUAUUGUGAAGACUGUAAAUGUAAAAGGAUUACAGAUUAUACAUGUUUUGGAAGGACAUGAUAUACAAUUACAUUUUAUAUGCUGUGACUUAAAAGAGAUUCAACAUAAGUGGAUUGUGAUAGUAAAUAAAAUCCACAUUAAUUCACAAAUUGUUACUAUAUAUUAA